GUGUCAAUAAAAUGUAAAUAACGUAUUGUAAAGUCUAUCGUGAUUGGUAGUUUGUCUGUUUAGUCAAAUUGCUAAAAUUCUUUGACUGUUGAAUUUUUUCUACCAACAAAAUUUCUAAUCCAGAUUGAUUAUUUAUUUUUAGCAGAUAAAUUUUGUUGUCAAAAUAUAAAAUGUUGUAAUAUGCAUUAUCAUCGCCGAGUUUACAUUGCAGCCAUGGCGGCGUUGUUUGUUAGCCAAUCACCAAGCGUCUUACGUCGGCCAUAGGUGGUCAGUUUUCACCUUUCAUUUCGCGUCAGUGGGAUAAUAUUUAGCGUGAUUAUGUUGUAUAUGUGUUAAUUAUCUUAUCAGAUGCGUUUAGUUGUGUGGUGGAGUGAAUAGUGAUUUGUGAAAUAGUGUUAGUUAUUGUAGAAUUUAUUAUGUAAGCUUUCUUUGCAGCAAAAGGUCACGUGACCCUGGCGAGUGAAAAUGGCGCAAAGAUUGUAUUGCAAACAUGGAUACCGUUUUGAUAAAGUUAUGUCACUUGCAUUUGUUUACAAAAGUGUGUGUUCAUUACCCACGUGUAAUAUAACCUUCAGUAAUUGACAGCUGAACUUCAAUAAUGUCUGCGAGAGGUACAAAACGGAGGGGGAGACCCCCCAAAACUGUUGUUAUGGAGAGACCUAGGAAAUUUCAAUAUCAUCUAUUGAAAAAGCCCAAAUACUUGUUAAAUAUUGAGAGCAGAGGAUCAGAAACUCCAAACUCUCAAACAAGUACUCCUACUGCGUCUCGGGCUUCCUCUCCAAUUGGCAGUGAGAGUAGUCGAAGAAGUACUCGAAUAAGGGGAAGACCAAAAUCUACAAGAGGUAGAGGCGGUUCUUAUCACAAAAGGGGUUAUAAUCCCGAUGCAGUUGAAGAAAAAUAUUCAGAGUAUCAUUAUGGAUCCGACUUUGGUGAUGAUUCUAGUGGCAAAAGUGAGCAUGAGGAUGACGAUAUUUUGAGGAGUGAGAGCGAAUCAGAAGAAACAGGUGAAAAGGAAGAGGUUUUAAGUGAUAGUGAUUAUUCUCUUUCAAGUUUUGGAACAACUGGUGAAACUGCAAGAAAACAAUUUGGUAGUUUUACAAAAGCUCCUUCUCCUGAACCUAUUUGGUUACAAAAUAGAGAAAUACCUAUUUUGGAGUUGCCAAAGUCAUCGGAUGAUCUUCUCAUUCCUAAAGAUUUAGUUAUGCAAGCAUUAUCUAUAUAUGAGGUUCUUCGCCACUUCCGAACAUUAGUCCGAUUAUCACCUUUUAGAUUUGAAGACUUUUGUGCAGUUCUUAUGUUUGAAGAUCAGAGUUAUCUUUUAGCUGAAAUUCAUAUAAUGCUUUUAAAAGCAAUUUUGCGUGAAGAAGAUGCUCAGCAAACUCAUUUUGGACCAUUAGAUCAAAAAGACAGUGUAAAUAUAGCUUUAUUUUUUAUUGAUUCCAUGACAUGGCCCGAAGUCCUUAGAGUUUACAUUGAAAGUGACAAAAACUUUGAUUCUACUGUGCUGCACAUUUUGAAUACUUGUGAAUAUCCUUUCACAGAUGUGGAAAAUCGUUUGAAAGUACUACAGUUCUUGACAGACUUAUUCCUUGUUACAAAUCCUGUGAGAGAAGAUCUUAUACAUGAAGGCAACUUCCAGUACGACGACCACUGUCGAAUAUGCCACAGAGUGGGCGACCUGUUGUGUUGCGAAACAUGUCCGGCCGUCUUCCACUUGGAGUGCGUCGAGCCGCCGCUCAACGAUGUGCCCCACGAAGACUGGCAGUGCGGCCUUUGUCGCGCACACCGGCAGGUGGUAGGUGUCAUUGAUUGUAUACCAGAUGUGGAGAAAUCCGGCCUCUUGUCCAGACAAGAGCAUUUGGGAUUCGAUAGGCAUGGACGCAAAUACUGGUUCCUCACAAGGAGAAUAUUCGUCGAGGGUGAAGACGGGGAGUCGUGGUACUACUCGUCGCCGAUCCAGCUGGAUGAGCUGCUGACUACACUGGACAGCGGCGAAUACGAGGCGGCUCUGUGCCGCGAGAUCAAUGACUUCCGUGACGAGAUCGUCCGCCAGAUGGAGCUCACCGAGAAGAUCACCAAUCAGAACAAGGGCAACAAAAAGUCCUACCUCGAAAUUGAAAACGCUCAAAUCCUAAAAAUGCAGCGUGAACGAGCAGAAAGAAAAAUUCGUGAGGAAGAGGAAAGGCUCGAGCGUGAACGAAUGGAGGUUGAAGAAAGGCGAGAAAGAGAGGAAUCUGAGAAGAGGGAGAAGGAGAAACAGGAGGUGGAGGAAAUGAUGAGGAAGAUGCAUGAGGGCAGUGGGUCAGGUGGCGAUAAUAUUGCUGACUUGGCUGUGGAGGGAACAGAAGUUGUGUGUAGCAGUGGAAAUGAUCAAACUUCAGCUGCUCCAGGAUCACCUGGUGACAAAAACAGUGAUAGCGAUGACGGAAAGAGUGAUGAUGGUGAAGAAAUAGAAGGUCGAGAGUACAAAAUUGGCAAAGAUGGCAAGAAGCACGUGAUAGUGACGCGGUCGAAGACAGGCUCGCUGACGCCGCGCACUUUCAGCAUGGACGAGCUGAAGCGCAAGGGAGGCCAGGCGGGAUUCACCAAGGCAGAGCUCGACCGAAUGUCGGCCACUGAACGCAAGGAGCUAUUGGCCGAGCUAGGCGAGCACCCUACACGAGUCACCAGGCUCAAGGCACAGCAGAUUGCUUCUGGAACACAUUACUUCAAGCUCGGAAUGGAGAAUGGAUUCAAGACUUAUGUGAAUCAGUAUGCAACAAACAUAUCGGCUCUGAACAAAAUCCAAAGAAACGAAGAGCGAGAUAAGAAACGUCAUCUAUCUCAUAAGUUUUCGCUCACUCAAGCAUCUGAAUUCAAGUGGGCUGGACCUUUUCACGGUAGCCGAAAUCAGUUGAUGGGCACUUUGCGGCAAACACUGUUGAAUCUAGAGAGUGCCAUCCAGAGUCCGUUCAUGCACGUGAACUGGCCGCAGCUGAGGAAGCCCUGGAUAGCGGCAGUAGGCUCCUGCAUUCAGGCCAAAGACUUCACGCGCGCCAUCAUUGUGCUGCAGGCUUGCAUCAAGCCCGUCGUCUACGCCACUGUAUGGCAUGAAAUACUCGGCCAUAUCAAACUGCAAAGGAUAACAUCGGCUGAAAGAGAAGAUCGCAAAAGGAUCGAAAAGAAAGAGAAGAAAGAAAAAGAGGACGAGGAAGAAAGAAAUAGGCUGACCUACAACUUUGUCAAGUACACUCUUGGCCUAAAACACCAGGUGUGGAAGCAAAAAGGAGAAGAGUACCGAGUGCACGGGCAGUGGGGCUGGCUGUGGUUGUCGGCCAGUCGCAACUAUAAGCUAUUGGAUUGCAGAAAGUGUGGCUUGAGAGCCGGACCUCAAAAGUAUAUGGUUCAAGUCAAAGAUGACAAGGGACUAAAAAUUAUCGCCGCUGAUCUGAACACCUACAAAGUAUUAGAAAGAAAAAGGCAACGAGACGAUUUAAUCGCUCAGAAUAAAGAUGCCAGUGAUAUUCCCAUUGAUCCUGAAGAGACCAAGAUUUUGGAGAAAUUCAACAAGGAUGGUCCUGCAAAUAACCUGAAAGUAUUCGCAGCCAUAUCAGAGUUUGAAGAAAUCGAUAUCACCAAAGCUUUACUCAAUCCUGGCCGGCUGUUGUAUCCAAAAGUUGCCAAGAAAUCAAAGCUGGACGAUUUCCUCACAAGAAGAAUGCAGCUGAAGGCGUUGGAAGAGAGGAUGCUUAUGUUGACUGGCGCCAACAGGAAGCCGAUAGAGAAAGCGCCGAACACAAUGCCUGCCGCUCGCGACAGCCUGGUGAAAACGGAGGACGAGACGCGCAACAUUCUUGGCGCGAUCGGCGCCAAAAUCAACCUGAUCAAGAACCAGUACGCGCCGCUGCACAAGAUGGCCAAGGACUACCGCUGCUACACUCGCGGCUGCAGCGAGAAGGACGCCGCCAACUGCUAUUCGCCCAUCUGCGCACAGCGCAUGCGCCUCAGGCGCGAACUCCUCAUCCUUCUGCGCAAGGCCAACAGCACACGCAACCACAACCUCAAGCUGGACAACACUGUCAAGCUCGAAACUAUCAAACCUGAAAAUGAUCUCAUCAACGGCGAAUGCAAAAAAGCCGUCCCAGAAAUCAGCGCUCCUGUCCGUGCCCCGCCUCCAGUUGCCGUAACUGAGCCUAUCGUAACAACGGAUAAGCUGAGGAGAGUGCUCGAGAACAAGCCACUGAACGAAGUGCUGCAGCAGCAGCAGCCGUUAAGCACCAUUAGCACGGCAGUGCCGAGCACUAUGAGCUCAGAUGUGCCGAGUACCAUGAGCUCAGAUGUGCCGAGCACCAUCAUGGACAGCUUUGUCUGCAACGAAGUGGAAGUGGGCACUUCUUCGUCGGCCGAUGUCGAAGUCAAGAGUGAAGUGAUAGAAACGUCGGAAGUGCCCGACCUGGGUGACGAGGGUCGAUCCAUGGACUCGAUACUCACCGAAUCCAACGACGACAAAACCAAACCUGUACCUGAAAUCAAGAAAGAGCCGGCUGAUUGUCAUAGUAUUGUUAAGAGUGAAGUGAAAAGCGAGGGAGUUGUGAAAACGGAGCCGGUGAAAAGUGAAAGUGCAAGUGAGAGGACAGACGGGGGGAGGAGUGUGACCACAGUGACCACUACCACCACCACCCAGCACUCUGUGCGCAUUGUCGACGGUGUCAUCAAAACUGUCAGUGCCACCGAGACUGUCUCUUCAAUUGUUACUACUGCUAGCGGUGGCGUGGUGAAGAAAGUGGACAACACAGACACGAAAUCGGUGUUGGUGAAGUGUGGGGCCGGGGGUGGUGGCGCAAAUACAACAGUGACCGCCGCCUCCAGUGUGAAGGUGGCAAGCGUGAAGGUGGAGAGCGACUCGCGCGUCUACUCGGCGACAUGUACGCGCGGCAAAGUCUACCUGAAGAAGGCCAACAUGGCGGGGGUUGGCGGCGGCGACAAGCGCAAAAAGCGCGCUCAGGUCAAGUAUCCGCACUGCUCCACCUUCCAGACGAAAAGCAAGAAGCGAAAUCUGCUCAUUCUGCCGCAGCACGAGUUGAGGAAGCUGGCGCGUCUCUCCGGCCGCAUCAUGGUCAACGGUUUCAAUCAUCUCGCCAAGAUAAAUCAACAAGCGUGGCCUUAUCCAUGCUCAAGGCCCCUAUUCAAGACGUGCUGGUUGUACCGGACAAUGAACCUGAAGACUUUGGCAGCAGCCUGCUUGCAACUGAAAAUCAUUUGGGCCUGUCUCAGAUGGGAUGACAUGCAGGUGAAGCCCCCAUCAUCGGAUGGUAAACAUCAAGUCACAACUGACACUGAACUAAUGUCAACAGAAAUUCUGAAGCACAGACAUCUUGGCGAAUUCUCCGAUCGGACUCAAUACUUGGUUCGGAAAGUUGUCAUCCCUCUCGAACUACCAAAAACCAUUAGGGAGGUGACAUCCAUUCGAAGUGGUCUACGUAAGAGGAAGCGCGAGGAAGCACCUCAAAGCACCGAGCCGCAGGUCACCGAAACAUGGGUCGAUGAGAACAAACUCGAGCUGUGGGAGAUCAAACAAUUCGGCGACAAAUUGGAGAAGGCAGUGCUUGCGCAGACGCAGGUGAGCAGUGGUACGCGUUCGCGAGUGUUGUCCGCCUCUGGCGGCAGCGGGAAGGCGGCGGCGGUCGGGGGCGGGGGGGACACGAAGGGGGCAGCGGAUGCCAAGCAGACGCCAGAGGAGGUGAAGGAGAAGUUGGAGCAGCAGCUGAAGGCCCAACGAGUGGCGCACCAGCAGAAGCGUCAGCUGGCUGACCACGCCCAAAAAGCCACGCCCACCACCCAGGGCCACGGACAGGUCAUCAAGAUCAUACCCUCGGCCGCACAAGGUGGUGGCGACGGGCAAACGUUCAAGGUGGUGACGAAGGUGGCAAUUCCUCCCACCCCAACCUCAGGUGCCAAGAGCACGCUCACGUCACUCCUCACCAACUCCACUCCCAACAAGUCUGUUAUAGGAACCAGGAGAAUAUUCAUGACCAAAGGUUCUGAUGGCAAUACGCGGAUGGUGUCCGGUACGCCGCCGAAUAUUCUGCCGAAAACAGUGGCACCAACUGUGCAGGCUGCCACCCCCACUCAGGCUACAUCCAUCAUGAAGCUACAGACCACCACCACACAAGCGCCAGCUCAACAGCAUCAAAGGGUGUCUAUAACAAAAGGACCCGAUGGCAAGAUCCAAGUCAAGGGACUUAUGCCAGGUCAGCAACUAGUGCAAAUGCCGGACGGCAAACUGCACGUGUUGACAACACAGUCGACGUCGCCGACUGCGACCGCCGCCCAAGGCCAGACUGGGCGCACGGGCGCCGCGGCUCCGCAGCAGGUGACUGUGGUCAAGGCACCCAGCAAAGCGCCCAUCAUCAGGCCGGCCAAUAUGCGCCCAGCCGCGCCCAACGCUACUGCUAAGCCGCCGCAGCAACUCAACAAGACGGUGGUGAUUCGACAACAGGUGGGGGGAUCGCAGCUGGUGCAGAAGGUGGGAGCUCAGCCGGGCACAGUUGUUGUCAGCGGAGGCCAGAUCAUUCCCGGCGGACAGAUUGUUGUCAGUGGAAACUCUCCUCAGGUGAAUCAGCUGGUGGUGAACAAUCCGAGCCUUGCACAGCAACUGGCGUCGGGCAAAGCAACUAUAGCGACGAUCAACGGCCAACAGGUGCUGAUCAGGACGGCGCCCACGCCUGGGGCGACCGCUGCCACGGGGACGCCUGUGCUCAAACCGGCGCCACAGCAGCAGCCAACUAUGACUGCCGGCGUCAAAGUGGUGAAAUCGGCCACGGGAGCCACGCAGGUCACCGCCGCCACUGUCCAGUCGCCCGUCAAAGCGUCGCCGGCUAAAGUCGUCACCCAGCCCAAAACUGUCGUGGUCGCCUCUAGCACUACUCCCAACGCCAACACCAAUGCUAACCUCCUACAGUCGCCAGCCAAGUCGGCAUCAAGCCCGGUGGUGGCAGCGGCAGCAGUGGCACCCUCACCAGCCAGCCAGGGUGGAGGGGCAGUGCAACCAGUGGGCAUACAGGGAGUGCCCAGCCUGCCCAGCUCACAGCCAGUGGGCGUACAGGGUGUGCCCAGUCUGCCCAGCUCACUCACCCCCGAACAGGAGGCGCAACUGCUGGCCAACCAGCCACCCGGCACCCAGAUCCGCGCCAUAACCGCCCAGGUCAUCCAGACGCCGCAGGGACCUCGCAUCGUGCUGCAGGGAUUGACUGGAUCCAACUACACGCCUCAACAGCUGGCUCUCGUGCAGCAACAGGUCAAGCAGCAGCUGCUCAGAGCGCAAGCACAGGCAGGCAACCAGGGAGUGCUGGGUCCGACCAAGAUCUACCUGGCAGUGCAGCCAUCGGUGCCUGUCACACCCACCACCCCCACUCCUACCACCCCCACGCCAGCCAUCCCUGCUGAGGAGGCCGUCAAACCAGCAGUUGUUGACUCAACGACGCCGCCCGCCCCUGCCCAACAAGCGGUGACGGCGCCAGCCGACUCGAGCGGAGCAGUGAUGGUGAACGGCCAGGUGGUGGACACCACUGGGGCCACCGUCAAUGUGGUCACCACACCGCCCUCUCGGCCACUGGUUGCCGCCACACCUGCAUCCGGAACCCCCACACCAACCCCCACCCCCACCUCUAACCAACCACACAACAAGUUUGUGCUCACGCCCGACUACAUACAGCAGACGAUAAAGAGUGCUCUGAAACAGGAGAACCUGAAUCCAGAAAUCGAGGAGAAACUACUGCAGCUGCAGCGCUACCAGGAGAAGCAGAUGCGGACGGAUGCGCCCGUCGCGACCACCAUGACGGCGCCCAUCACCACCACCACCACGAUGCCGGCGCCCGCCGCGCCCGUCACCACGCCCACCAAGGCGCCACCGUCCCGCAAGCGGCCUGCCGCCAGUCUGGCGUCGCCCGGCGAUGCGGUUGCCGUCGCCGCCGCCGCAGCCGCCGAGCCCAAGCGCAAACUCGUCAAGACUGAUGUCAACAAGGACGCCGCCAAAGCGGGAUCUAGUAAUGUAAAGUCGAGGUCGGGAAAGUGGCAAGAGGAUAGGAGACGACAUCAGGUUCAGACUAAGCUGCAGGUGCUUCUGUUUCGGCACAAGGAGCUGCUAAAAAAAGACAUACUCAAGAAGCGAGCUCUGCUCGAAAAGGAAUUGCAGAUUACCAUACAGCAAGAGCUUUCGAGCGAACUGUCGACGCGCACGAAGGCUGACCGCACCAAGAUGGGGGCGGCGGACGACGCGAAGCCUCCCAACAUGGUGACGGGCAGUGCUAAGCGCAAAUCGCAGCCAGUGCAGCCGCCCCUCGUUGGAGGCGGUGGUGGAGGCCCCGGAGGCGGAAGGCGAGGGGCGGCGCAUGCGCAGAGGCAUCACCAGGCGGCCGUGUCGCCGCCUUCGCCACGGGGCGGUGGGGGGACGGCUGCACCCACUUCAAGAGCCAAGAAGCACGAGAAGCUGCUCUGCAUCUGCAGGACACCCUAUGACGAAACUAAGUUCUAUGUGGGCUGUGAUUUAUGCAACAACUGGUUCCACGGUGACUGCGUGGGCAUUACGGAGGAAAUGAGCAAAACGCUCACUGAGUUCGUCUGCACCGAGUGCAAGCAUGCGCGCGAGACACAGGAGCUGUACUGCCUCUGCAGGCAGCCUUACGACGAAUCACAAUUCUACAUCUGCUGUGACAAGUGCCAAGACUGGUUCCACGGUCGUUGUGUGGGUAUCCUGCAGUCGGAAGCGGACAACAUCGACGAGUACGUCUGCCCCAACUGCCAGCGCAACUCCUCCAUCAACUUCGCCAACAUGAAGAACCUCAACACCAAGGACUUCGAAGCGUUGAAGAAGUUGAUCAAGCAGCUGCAAACUCACAAAAGUGCGUGGCCUUUCAUGGAACCUGUCGACCCGGCCGAAGCUCCUGAUUACUACAAAGUCAUCAAGGAACCAAUGGAUCUCCAAACAAUCGAGCUGCGUAUCACUGAUCGGUCUUACAAGAAAUUGAGUGAGUUCAUCGGUGAUAUGACAAAGAUUUUCGAUAAUUGCCGUUACUACAAUCCAAAAGAAUCGCCAUUUUUCAAGUGUGCCGAGUCUCUGGAGGCAUACUUUGUUCAGAAGGUGAAAGGACUCAGAGACAAACUUGUCGAUAAUAAUUAAUAGUGAACAAUCACUGAUUGUGGAAAAAUGUGAAAGUAAAAGAAAUGUGAAUGUGUGCUAUAUGAAGAACAAUUUUGAUGAAACUUGUAAAAAAAUGAGUGGCGAGAGACAAAAAUAAAUAUAAUAAAUGUUUGCGAACAAUCCGUGUAAAUAAAGAUAUUGUUUUUAUCGUAGGUAGUUAUUCUGUUGAAAAAUUGAACUUGAUAAUCAUAAACAAUGAUGUCGGUAAGCAAUCUAUUUUUUUAAAUCAUUGCUGACAAAUAAAUUUCAAAAAUUAAGUUAAUUUGAAGUGACAGUAGAGUGGAAAUUUAGAUUGAAUAUUUAUUUUAUAGGUAUUUAUUAUCAUUUUUGUAUCAUUUAAGUUAUCAGUUUUCAUUAAUAUAGCUUCACGAUUUAGUUACUUUAGAAUUAUUUAUUGAAAUUCUUCAAAAUUUUGUAAAUUAUUUCCAAUCAAUUCUAUGUUUUCAUCGACAUUGUAAAUUCAAUUUAGUUAUUGUAAGCUGAAAAUUAUAAUUAUAUGAAAACUCCAUUCAAAAUGGAAGUAACCUAAUUUAGUCGAUUAAGUGGUCCUUAUCUGUCGGUCAAAUACUGUGACCUUUAAAAUAAAUUAAUGAAUAAAUCCAUAGAAAAUACAGUGAUGCAAGUUGAUUUUAUUAUAUUACUCGGGCUGGAGUGGUCAAACUAAUUUUCAAUUUUUCAUUUCUACUCUUGAAAACGUUUGACUCUAGUUGUAGCAGUAAAUCAUUGGUUUUGCAGCUCUUUCUAUUUUAUGUACAAUGCAAUUUUGACUAUACAACAACAAAGGCAUUAAUCUUUCAGUAAAAUCUGACUAUUGCAGAUGUAGUUUGUAUCAUAUAAUAAAUAACGGAUGAAAAUUUUUCAUCCAAUUUUUAUUAAUUAAAUUUUAUAUAGAACUCGCUCCAUACCAGGAGUUCAUUGCUGACAAGAUUGACAGUUUUUCCAAUAUAUUUUAGUUUUGAGAUCACUCAGUCCAUGUGGCUGAAAAUCCGAUACAUAAUAUCUUCUUGUAAAAAUUCGAAAUUUUUUCUAUUGGGUAAUGUUUAAUUUUUCAAUUUUAUGAAAGGCUGGAGUUACCAGGUAUGGAAUGACAAUGAUGUACAUUGUAUUUUGUACACAAAAGUAUAUAAAAGAUUAUUGGAAAAUUCGUUUUCAGUUGAAAUACAAAUUUAUUACAUAACAAUUGAAUAAACGAUAUUAUAAAUCUUGAUAAUGAUGCUUGUUAUAAUAGGCUAACAUAAAUAUUUUGGUCCACUAAACACAAACCUGGUGGUAAAAACUCGAAGAUUACACCACCUUUUGAAUAAGAUAUUUGAAACAUUAUGUUACAUUCGAUUUACUAAAAUCCUAACCGAUAUUAAUUAAUUUUAGUUUUUCUUGUAACCUUUUUGAUUAUACUUUAAGAAUUAAAUUUUGAGACUCAUCUGUCAAUAAAGAUGUGGAAUUUUGAAACUAUAUGAUACUCAUUAUUCAAUUUAGCAGGCAACCGUCACUUGCUUAAUCAUAAUCCUUUCAGUAUUUACAUCUGCCUGCACUUAUCAAGAAUAAUUAUUCUUCAAUUUAUUUUGAAAUGUCAACUGUUCUAUGAAAAUCUACUGCUACUACUAAGUGAUUGUGUUUAUGAAUGGUUAAUAAAACUGAAUAUCGGAUUUGCGGAAGUGUGAAUUGAAGUUGUUUUAGUGUGACAAGGAAAUUCUGAUUUCAGUUCAAGUAUUAAUAAAAUAAGAAGUAUUUUCCUCCUCAAUUUUCGAUUUUGCAAACGAGAUUGUUUCUAGAGUAUAAUCGGAAGAAACUUAUUAUCUACCAGUAACAAAGCCUGAACUAUUAAUCAAUAAGGAAUUAUUCUGAUAAUUGUAACUCAUAAUAUUUUUUAAAAAAUUGCUUAUCACCAAAAUUAUCAUGGUUUGACUCCGAAUAAAAAUGAUCAAGAUUCCUGAAGCUGUGAUCAAAAGUUCUAUCAAUAAAAUUAUCAUUAUAUUGCCAUUGGAGCUCAUACUGCUGAAUUUAAAUAUCACAAUUUUCAUUUUACUUUUAAAAUGGAAUGCACUAUAUUAAUUGAGUUUGUAGUUUCUUUCUAUUAAUGAUUCUUUCUCACAAGAAUGAAUAUUUUCAUGCAAGAUUUUCUAAUAAUUCUUUACAUUUUUCGAAGCAAUAUACUUUUAGUGCCUGUUCAUUAUAUUCGAAUUGAUUUUCCAAAUGUAUGAAUGUUCUUGUCUUGGUUUUCUGCAUUCAUGGGUAGCCUAAUCAUUCAAUCUAGUUGGCGAUUUUGUUUGCUGCAUUUUUUAAAUUAAGUUAUUUUAUUGUAAUACCCAUAUUAUUAGAAAUUAUCAAUACAUCACUUGAACACUUGUAGUUUAAUGUAAAUAGUGAGAAUAACUUUAUUUUCAAUGUCAGUUCAACAAAUUAUAUGUACAAAGAUGAACACUUCAUGAACAGACGUUAUAUAGUACAAUGUGAUUGUGAGGAUUUGAUAUUAGUGACUCUCAGAACAAUAAUUUUGCUCACUUGAAUAUUUUUCCAAUUUAAAAUGUGUUAUGACUAUGACAUUUUAAUUUGAUUUUGCAGAAAAAUUCAAAGUAAAUUAUUAAUCUUAUCCAAAGGUAAAUGAUAUUAGUCGGUAUUAUCAGAUAGUCAUUUUUGUGACAACAAUGGAAGAAUUAUUCAAUGAAAUCAAUUAUUAUUAUUAUAGUUUAUAAUCGUAAACAACAAUGAGCUACGUAUUCUCUUGAAAUGUUGAGUUAAAGUUUGUAUAUCUAUUGGUGUGAAUAAUUAUAGUGAUAAAAAUUUAUUUGAAAGUCCAAAACAAAAAUGAUGGUAUGUUGAAGAAUAGAUAUUAUAAAGUUGAUGUCUAAGCAAUUAUUGACGAAAGUUGCUUGUGUAAAAUUUUUUAACUUGUUGAGAAAGAAUAAAAAUCAAGCAUGAGUUUGAUUAUAGUUUUUACUAUUGAAAAAAUAGUGUAUGUAUAGUUUCAAAUAGGAUGUGUAUUGUGUAAAUACUAAUAGAAGUGAUAAUUAAAUGAGCUUUCUUUA